UCUGCAGAGCCGUUUUUUACAAAAUAAGUAACCAGUCAACUUAACUAUAUUGUGUUUCCACUGUGGUAUCCUAUAUAAUUAUUUUUCUCCAGAUGUACUUCAUGAAUGCAGACUCCUCAACAACAGAGCCACUCAUGUCAUUUCGCAAACUGAAAGAUCUAUGAGCCUGAAGAAGCAGCCAAAGCAGUAUGCUAUAUGAGUUGUGCUAUUUUAGACACAUUAGUCUGCAAUUUGUUGUUGUAUGAUAUACCAUGGCUAAUGUACUGUAGGUUUUUCAAAUUACUGAGCUGUAUCCAAAUGUGUCAUUGCACAUUUGUGUUGCAGUGUGAGGCAUUUGUUGAAAUUCUAUCUCAUCCUAUGCAUUAUGUAUCGAAGGAUACAUGUAAGUGGUUUGAAAACCUUUAUCCAUACUGACACCCCUCAGUUUGGUUCAAAUAUGUAUUUAUUUGCACAGUGUGCAUUUUGUACCAUGUUGUAGCCUGCAUUUAUAGAGAGAUAUGCUGCUUAAGAUUUUCUAUAGGUUUGAAGUAAUUAAGAGCUUUUUUUCCAUUUUGCAUUGCUGGAUAAUUUUGGGAGUAAAUGUCUCCCAUGAUGUAUGCUUUCUUUGUAAGGUGAGCUUUUGCAAAAGUUGAUUGAAUGAUUGUUUCAGCUGUUUCUACUUGUUUUAUAUCAUACAGUCUAUUUAUGUGUGGAACCGCCUCGGGGCAAAUACAAUGCUUAUAAAGUCGUGCUUCACAUCUUGUUUUACUCAUAACUACAUCUCGUACUGUACGUACAUAUAAUAUAUUGUUUGCACAUCCACAGCCAAAUGAAAACACGUAUUAAUGGUGUGGUGUGGACUCUUGAGGAGCAGUCGAGUGGCGCCACUUGGUGGUGGUCCUGAAAGCUACCUGUGCGGCAAUUCCAGUCGCAUUCCAUUCAAACUUCGGACCAGCAAUAAGAUCGUUUAAGAUCACAUGCACGCGGUUUCCUCUCAAAAGCUCGUUUUUUUUUUCAUAGCGUGGAAUUACCUGCGAAUGCACAUAACGUAGUUUCCCUAAAUGUUGCUAAUCCAGGAAGACAUCCAGAAUAAGAGCAUGAAGUAAUCCUGUUUUUGCAGGUACAUUAAGUGUCGGUAUUAACGCUAUAGAAUAAAGUAAAAAGCGUGUUUAACUGAACGUUGCAUCCAUCAAAAUAAUGUAAAUGUUCACAAAUCAUGACGAUAAAUAAUGCGUGGAUUUAUUUCAUACGGGUUGAUUAUUUGGGGGAAAUAGUCCCAAACGGAAAUCAGCUUUGAGUUGCGGUGAGUUUAACGAGCGCUGCUGCUGCUGCAUCGACCUUGGCGAGUUGAAGAUGGCAGGGACGGCGUGGAGGUCAGCGAUUCUUAACCUACUAAAACAGUGGGGUUUGUCGCUCAAUGGCAAGGAUAAAAUCAAGGCUCAGGAAGUGUCACGAGUGGUUGGAGCUUUGAAGAAAGAGCCUCCCCAACCCAGGACGUUCAUGCGUGGGAUUCAAACUGUUACUUUAAUCCCUGGGGAUGGAAUUGGUCCAGAGAUCUCCACUGCUGUCAUGAAGAUAUUUGAAGUUGCUAAAGCACCUAUUCAGUGGGAGGAGAGAAAUGUUACAGCCAUCCAAGGACCUGGUGGCAAGUGGAUGAUCCCUCCUGAUGCCAAAGAAUCCAUGGACAGGAAUAAAAUUGGCCUAAAAGGUCCUUUGAAGACACCAAUAGCUGCUGGCCAUCCCUCUAUGAACCUCCUGCUGAGGAAAACCUUUGACCUCUAUGCCAAUGUGCGCCCCUGUGUGUCCAUUGAGGGCUAUAAGACUCCCUACACUGACGUGAACCUGGUCACCAUCAGGGAGAACACUGAGGGAGAAUACAGUGGGAUUGAACAUGUGAUUGUUGAUGGGGUUGUACAGAGUAUUAAGCUCAUUACAGAGCAAGCCAGCCAACGCAUCGCAGAGUAUGCUUUUGAAUAUGCCAAAAAUAAUCAGAGGGCCAGUGUUACUGCUGUGCAUAAGGCCAAUAUUAUGCGCAUGUCUGAUGGCCUUUUCCUACGAAAAUGCAGAGAGGCAGCUGAAAAGCACAAGGAUGUGAAGUUCAAUGAGAUGUACUUGGAUACUGUGUGCCUUAAUAUGGUACAGGAUCCCACACAGUUUGAUGUAUUGCUGAUGCCAAAUUUGUAUGGAGACAUCUUGAGUGAUCUUUGUGCUGGACUAAUUGGAGGUCUUGGAGUAACUCCUAGUGGAAACAUUGGUGCUAAUGGUGUUGCCAUAUUUGAGUCGGUUCAUGGAACUGCCCCGGAUAUAGCAGGAAAAGACAUGGCCAACCCCACCGCCUUGCUGCUCAGUGCUGUCAUGAUGCUGCGGCACAUGGGCCUGCAUGGCCACGGACAGAAGAUUGAGACCGCCUGCUUUGACGUCAUUCGAGACAAAAAGGUUCUAACCAAAGACCUGGGAGGAAACUCAAAGUGCUCAGAAUUCACAGAAGCAAUAUGUGAACGAGUGCGGGAUCUGGUUUAAUAAGACCACAAGUUAUUUGUCACGGUCACUUUAUUUCAUGUCAAGUUGUAACUGCACAUUUUAAACCAUGAUAUGUAUUGUAGAAAAACAAAACUCUGGGAUUGGAUUAGUAAUUCCAAAUGUGUUAUUAUUCUUGUUGCACAACACAAUAUAUAUGUAUUGUAUUCCUGAAUUCUUUCAUCUGUGGUGGAUAUUGUCUAUUUAUUGUCUGAAUAAUUAUAUACUAUUAUGUAGUAUGUAAGUGAUACUUUUAUUUUUGACAAAAGAUGCAAUCUGUAACCUCCAUCAAAACUUGAGAAAAUGUCAAGGGGUUAAACCCUUCAAUUAUGAUUGUGUAUACAUUUCAUAUUAAUUUAUGAUCUUAUGAUCUCUAUUACACAUUUGCAGAUAUGUUGCACUUAAGUGUUCAUAUCAUACUGUUGUUGUCUUGCUGCAAAUAUAAUUAAUGUAUAAAGAAAAAUGAAUGUUACAAUGACAUCAGAAAUGAUGAAUGACUUUAUUCAGUGUUUUGCAAAUGACUUGUGGGUGUCAUAAACCAUCUCAGCUGCUAUGA